UCGCAACCAGCAAAGGUUGGUGCAAUUUCUCAUGGCUCUUACCCCCUCUUUUGAGCCUGUACGUGCCUCUCUGCUUCAUCGCCAUCCCUUGCCCACUCUUGAACAAGCCAUUUCUGAGUUGCUAUCAGAGGAGACUCGUCUAGGUACUCUUCAAACUCAUCAUGUGGACUCUGUUCUUGCCACUCCUCCGUCCCGGCCAUCAUUUCCCCAGCGGACUACUGCUUGCCUCUACUGUCAGAAUCGGGGCCUUCCUUCCACCCAUCUUCUGGUCCAUUGCCCCGUCAGAUCCUGCCGCUACUGCAACAAAAUUGGUCCUGGUCAUCUGCAACAGGAUUGUUUUCGCAAUCCCUCUCGCUCAUCCUCCAAUAGCCACUCCUCUCGCGGUGGUUCUUCCCGGGGAAGCUUUCACCGUUCCGGCAAUCAGUCUCAUCACACUGCUGCUGCUGCUUCUGGGAAUCAGUCUCAUCACACUGACACUGCCACCUCUGCAGGGUUCUCUGAGUCACCUACUCCAUCUACCCCUCGCUUUUCUCCAACGGAUGUAGAGGCCAUGCUCAAACAACUUCUCUCCCCAACUGGUACACCUCCUCCUACUGCUUUGUCUGUAAUCCCAGGACCCUCAGACAGGGCAGACUAUUGGGAUCGGCCGUAAGCAUGGACGUCUCUAUGAACUCAUUCAUCUUCAUGUUCCUGCCUCUCCUCAGAUUGCUGCUCCUACAUCUACUCCCUCAUUAUCUCCCUUUCAU